AUGUGGCUUCUUGAGAAUGAAGGCGACGUCUUUCAGGGUGAACAACCAUCACUUUAUAAUUGCCGCCAAAUAUGGCUACGGCCUGGAAAGAAGUACCUUCUGGGUCGUGGUAAAGGGGAUAGUAGCAGUGAAGCUGGCGACACAAUAAUCGUUGCCGACAAAACUAUCUCAAGAAAACAUGCCACUAUCCAAAUUGACGCAGUUCCCGAAGGCCAUGGGCCGGUCCAAGGUUACCAUUGAGGAUCUCAAGACCAAAAUCGGCACCGUUGUCAACGGGAAACAGAUCAAGGGACAGAGCUUUGUUCUCUCCGAGGCCUCCAAUUCGUUCAAGCUGGGCCACUUUGCCAAAAUUUUCCGAUUGAAUUGGAAACCCGUGGUUCUGACCUUCAACUUCAGUAACCGUGAGGAGCUGGCGGACCCCUGGUCCAAGCUAAGGGAAAGCCUGGAACAACUGGACAUCAAAUUCAUAUCUGAUUUUGAUGUACAGCACACGACGCACGUCGUCCACAAAAAGCGCAACACCCCACGCGGUCUGCAGGCGCUGAUAAAUGGUCGCUACAUCGUCACGGAUUCUUUCAUCGAGCAGAUCGAGGAGGCUGCCGCACCAGGGGAUGAUGGCGCCCCUAGCCUGCUGGAGCAGGAUUUCAGCACCAACUGGCCUAACCCCCUGGAUCACCUUCCUCCCCGUGGUGAUGAGCCAAGCAUGCGACCAGUGGAAACCUACGAGCCUGACCCGCGAAGAAAGGAAAUUUUUGAAGGGUACACGUUCAUCUUCUACGACCAGACUCAAUACGAAAACCUAAUGCCCAUGAUCACGAAUGGAAAAGGCAAAGCUAUGAUACGCGAGGUUACUCCGUUCGAAACGCAGCCAAACGAGUUCAUUCGCUAUGUCAAAGAAGUGGCGGGAGAGAAAGGCCUGGGCGAGUUCGAGGACGGCAGCGAGGGAAAAGGUGUAGUCGUCGUCCGCUUCGCACCAAAAAAAGAGGGCGAUUUGCGCACUUGGUUUUGGAACUUUGGCACCGAGGUGAUGAAGCGACUAGACCAUCGCAUGAUCGAGGCGAGUGAGUUCCUAGACGCCAUUCUGGCGGUUCAGCCUGGGGUUCUGAGACGGCCGCUUGAGUUCGAACCAUCGCCUGUCGAGACACCUGCCGAGACUGCGCCGCCAGCGCGGGCAAGACGGACGACUAGGGCCCGGACUGCCCAAACCCCUGCUGUCGAGGCUGCCACCGCUAGCAGGCAGAUUCAGCAGCCAACUGCAGAUGCUGAAGAUGUGCAAGUUGCGGGCGAAAUUAGACGGAGCCCAACUCCCCCUCUGCAGAUGACACCACCGAGACCCACAAGGAGGAAGGGCAGAUUCCGGGGCUUCGACACCAGUGAUGACGACGAGAAGCUACCGCCCCCUGAACCCGAACCGUCAGCGCCGCAGUCAGUGCCGCAGGAGGAAUACUCUCAACCGAUGUUCGUCUCACAAGCCUAUGAGUCUCAAGAACCAGGCUCGGUUGAGGCCAUGCGUGACACCCGCUCGACAAGAUCGGGCCGGAAGCGUGCAUACUCGCCAGUGCCCGAGGAUGAAGACGAAGAAAUGGUAGACUCUGCGCCGCUUACAACAACAACAACAACAACAACGAACAAACGCCGGCGGGUAGAGCCGACGCAGAGUUCAACAUCAAGAUUGAGGCAAGCAGUAAUACCCGAAAGCGAUGAUGACGACGACGAAGUAGCUGUCACGCCCAAAUCCCCCGUUGCUGCCCCUGAACCCGCACCUGAGCAGAUGGAAGACAAGCCAACGGUCAAGACUCGCAGAGGUGCCAUCGACACCGAGGUGCUCGACGCGGCAAGGCAGCGAUUGGCCGAGACGGAAGCCAAGGUCAAGAAGGAGGAAGAGCGCUACAAGGUGCCGGAUGACGGCUACACGCUCGAGCAGCUGGCUGAAAUUCGGAAGCUCACUUUGGUUGACGAGAUGCCGGUUCGGAACGUGGGAUCAGGUGCGCGCACGCGCGAGCAGGACAUUGCCGACGGCCGCUGGGACCCGCGCUGGAACGGGAGGCAAAACUUUAAGCGAUUCCGCAAGGCAGUGCCCGGCGGCGACAGGACAGGGCCUCGGGCGCCGGCGCAGAGGAUUCUGGUCGGCUACGUGGAGGAGAAGAACAAGGUGUACGGCAUUGGGGAUGAGUAUUGGCUCGAAGACCCUGCCACUUUGGCACGAAAGAAGUCGCAGAGCCAAGGACAGGGGAGUGCCAGCAGUGCGACUGUGGGCGGGGCAACGACGAGUCCCGUGUCUGUUCAAAAGAGUAGUCGACGGGCAGUCAAAGGCCUUGACAGUCGCGAUGACGCAGACGACGAUGAUUUGAUGGAGAUGGGCAGCAGACGGGUCGAGCCCGAGGAAGAGGAGGAGGAGGAGGAGGAGCCAGUUCUGCCACGCACCAGGAAGGGCAAGGCGGCUGAGAAGGCCGCCUCCCAGCGUUCGCAGCGGCAGACGAGGCAGACGCAGACGCAAGCCGCACUCUCUACAGAAGUAUCCACUACGACGCAGUCGCAACGGACGACGAGGGCAGCUUCAGGGAAGCGAGCGGCCGCAACCUCAAUACCAAAUCCACGGCCGGCAAAGAAGGUGGCUCUUGCAAAGCAAGUCGAAGCCAGUGACAGCGACGACGACGAUGACGACGGCGGUGGGAGAUUUCGAUUUGGGCGGAGGUAG